AAGCACUUCCUCCUCCGCCCGUCUGCUCACAGGUGAGUGGGAAGUGUUACCUGGCCAAGACCUGCACUUAUUCCUGUCUACCUUCUACUGAAACGGUCUCUCUUUAACUCUGGAGAAAAGGUUCUCUUCCCCCGGCUUGUGAGCACGCAGGCAGCCCGCAGGAGAAGCCUGCCACGAUGAUGAGGAGCGACAACUACCUGCCUGUCCCUUAUGAAGAGAAGAACCUGGAUGUGGACUUUGUCAACACCAAAGCCAGGAGCAGCGAGUCAAUACCAAUGAAAAGUCUUUACACGGAUGAUGGCUCACCCCAGUAUCCGGGUCAAGGCCCAUACUUCUCUGAUGGACGACGGCGGGUGGACUAUGUGCUGGCAUACCACAUCCAGAAGCCCAGCAGCAUCCGGCGUCAGUCGUCCAGGUUUGGCAACAACAACUUCAUCCGACGGCUUCAGCGCAGUUUGAGUAUCAGAAGCAGCCGAGCCCAGCUGCAGCCAAAAGAAGACCCAGAGAUUGCCGCCCAAGAGCAACGGUCAGACUAUCAUGAGGAUGACAAGCGCUUCAGGCGGGAGGAGUUUGAGGAAAACCUCUUGGAAACAGGGCUGGAGCUGGAAAAGGAUGAAAGGAGUAAGAUCCCUGGAAUCGGCUUCUUGAAGAUCCAUGCUCCUUGGAACGUUCUGUGCCGGGAAGCUGAAUUCAUGAAACUCAAGAUGCCAACAAAGAAGGUUUACGAUGUGAAACAAGGCAGUAAUCUGGUUGAGAAAAUCCGAUUGUUUAUUCACAAAGUCACGGCUCCUCUCCAUCCAAAAGUUGACGCCAACCGACCACAAAGCAUCAAAUCCCUCUCUCAUCCUUUCUCCAGAGAGAAGCAGCAUCUAUUCGAUUUGUCUGACAAGGACAAGUUCUUUGACAGCAAAACCAGGAGCACAAUAGUGUAUGAGGUAUUGAAGAGGACAAGAUGCACUAGAGCCAAAUACUCCAUGGGGAUCACCAGUCUGCUAGCUAAUGGUGUCUAUACAUCUGCCUAUCCUCUGCAUGAUGGAGACAUCGAGGGGGUGAAUGCAGAACCUAAUGACAGGAAGCUGCUGUACGAGGAAUGGGCCAGCUACAGUGUCUUCUACAAGUACCAGCCUAUUGGACUCAUCAGGAAGUAUUUCGGGGAGAAGGUUGGACUGUAUUUUGCCUGGUUAGGAGUGUACACACAGAUGCUGAUCCCUGCAGCCAUCGUUGGAGUAAUUGUAUUCCUGUAUGGCUGUGCCACUGUGGAUGAUAACAUACCAAGUAUGGAGAUUUGUGAUCCCAGGAACAACAUCACCAUGUGUCCGCUGUGUGACCAUGCCUGCAGCUACUGGAAGCUGGUGACAGCAUGUGGUACAGCUCGAGCCAGCCACCUGUUUGACAACCCAGCCACAGUCUUCUUCUCCAUCUUCAUGGCCCUCUGGGCGGUUCUCUUCAUGGAGCACUGGAAGAGACGACAGAUGCGACUGAACUAUGUCUGGGACCUGACAGGCUUUGGAGAGGAGGAGGAGGAGGAACAUAAGGACCACAACCGAGCGGAGUAUGAGUUCCGGGUCAUGCAAAAGACAAUGAGACAGGAACAUUCAACCCCAAAGGGUGAGAAGGUGAAGCUGACAUGUACAGACAGACUGCCAGCUUACCUGACCACUGUGGUCAUGAUGGGCUUCAUGAUCUCUGUGACCUUUGCCAUAGUCUUCGGGGUCAUCCUUUACCGGAUUAGUAUUAAGGCAGCAUUGCAUAUGAGCACCUACCCAGCAGCACGUUCCAACAUCAGAGCCACUGUCAAAACCACCGCUGCCAUCAUCAACCUCAUCAUCAUCAUCAUCUUAGAUGAGAUCUACGCUGUCAUCGCCCGCUGGCUCACCACACUGGAGGUUCCAAAGACAGACAAGAGCUUUGAAGAGCGCCUCAUUUUCAAAACCUUUAUUUUGAAGUUUGUCAACGCCUUCACCCCCAUUGUGUAUUUGGCCUUUUUCCGGGGCAGGCUUGUUGGACGGCCUGGAAACUACUUGUAUGUUGUUGGAUCGUACAGAAUGGAAGAGUGUGCCCAUGCAGGCUGCCUCAUGGAACUGUGCAUCCAGUUGUGCAUCACCAUGCUUGGAAAGCAGCUCAUCCAGAACAACCUGUUUGAGAUUGGCAUACCGAAGCUGAAGAAACUGCUCCGGAGGAGGAAGUCUGAGUUGGACUCAAAGCAAGAGGAGGAGCUGAACAAAACUCUGCAGCGCCACGAGAAAGACCACAUCCUGGGUCCUUUUGUUGGCCUCAGCCCAGAGUACAUGGAAAUGAUCAUUCAGUUUGGGAUGGUGACUCUUUUUGUGGCCUCCUUCCCUCUGGCUCCACUCUUCGCUCUUCUGAAUAACAUCAUUGAGAUUCGCCUGGAUGCCAAGAAGUUUGUUAUGGAGCUGCGCAGACCGAAUGCUGCCAAAGCCAAAGACAUUGGUAUCUGGUACAACCUCUUGAGAGGCCUCAGUAAGGUAGCAGUCAUUGUUAAUGCCUUUGUCAUCUCCUUCACUUCUGACUUCAUCCCACGGCUGGUCUACCAGUACAUGUACAGUCCUGACGGCACCAUGCAUGGCUUCGUCAACCACACUCUGUCUUAUUUCAACGUCAGUGACUUCCAGCCAGACACUGAUCCUCGCCAGCCAAUGCACCUGGGCUACAAGGUAGAAGAAUGCAGAUAUAAGGACUACAGAGAGCCUCCAUGGUCCAGCACACCAUAUGAACUCUCAAAGGAGUUCUGGGCCAUUCUGGCUGCCCGCCUUGCCUUUGUCAUUGUCUUUCAGAAUGUGGUGAUGCUUAUGAGUGACUUUGUGGAUUGGCUGAUUCCGGACAUCCCCAAGGACAUCAGCCUCCAAAUGCACAAAGAGAAGAUCCUUAUGGUGGAGCUCUUCAUGAAGGAGGAGCAAGGCAAAAGGAUUGCCGCGCGGGACAACCACAACCGGGACAGCUACACCUCCCCCUUAUCAGCCAGUCAGAGUCCGCCACAGCCCCGUGCACGGCCCAUCUCACAUGCAAACUGCUGUUAAACUGCUAGCUGCCAGAAACAAGCACAAACAGCAACAAGCAAAAAGAACACCUGUAUACUGUAAAUAAGUUAAUCAGCUGCUUGAAGCCAGCUGGCAAAGGCUAAGACAGAUAUCAAUGAGCACAUGAUUAGUUUUAAUAAUUUAGAGACACUUUUGAUGCAUUCACAUUUUUCAGGAAUAUUUGCAGGAAUAACCUGACAGUUAAAACCUAAACUUUGACGUGUUCACAUUCAAACUCCUUCACAUUUUAAACUCUUCUGAUGCCUCUCUUUAAUACUUUUCAAAUGUUAAGAUGUUGCAUUUUGCAGCAAGCCAGACACUGCCUUGUCAACCAUUAACCCAAAACAUAUCCAUAUUUUAACAAUAGCCACAUGAUACAUGAUCUCAAAACAUUAUUUGUUGGCUAUAUUUGAAAGGAACAAGCCAUUAGCUUCAUUUGACUCGGGGGUCAUCAUUCAGGACAUCUGUGAAAGCAGUGUCAAACUUCAUGUGAAUCAUCCUUUCAAGCAGUAAGUUCAUACCAGCCACCUCUCCCACAGUACUUGAAUGCAGCUUUUGUAUUGAAGACAGCCUCUAUCAAUCCGUCCAAAAGGUCCUGCUGAGAAGAAUUCCUCAUCGUAUCUUACUGGUCAGAUACAAAGCACAAGGAGACCCUCCCUCCUGCUGUCAAUGCAUGAAGCUCAGAUCAGCCUUUUCUUUUUUGCACAAUUAUAUACAAAUUCAGGAAUUUAUAGAUGUACUGUUUUUGAGAACGAACUGCCUAACAGUGCUUAGUGCCAUUGUUGCUGGAUGCACAAGUCAUAUUUUUAAUGAACUGGAAUUCUUAAAGUAAUUGGCAAGAUGUUUUUACACUUUUUACAGUGUAAACACAAAGUGUCAUCAUGCUCUAUCUCACCUUGCUGAGAUGCUGGAAUGUAGAUACUUACAGUAUAAGCUGCUUACCCAUAGCAAAAUAUUUGGAGCGAAAUCUUUUCCACUCAUUGUUGUAAAACUAAAAUAAUUAUAGUAUAAAUAGUGUGUCUUUAAAGCUGCAUUAACUGGUUUCCUUUUUUGACCACUUGAGGGCAGCAGACCCAGUUGAAAAAACUCAGUUUCUGGCAACCCAGUACAGUAUGCUGCUGGAAACAAGGUUGAUGCAAAAGGUUGCACUGAAAAUCCAAAACAAUUAGUUGCAGUCAUUUAAAAGCUGUAGCGCACUAAGGACAACUUCAGGGUUGCUGAUAAUUGGGGCCUGGUUCAUCACUACAGGCAACACCUUUAAAUUACACAUAGUAAUGUGACCCAUGGUUAAUAUUUAAAAAAAUGAUUAGCUGAUAUUAUUAACAUGAUUCCAAAUGAAUAAUAAUGUUGCUCUGUCUGCUGGAUGUGUCAAUAUGCAACUGUUUACAACAUGUUCACCAUAGAUGAUAUGUCAUUGUUUUCAGCUUGCAUCUGCUGUCCCCCAGCAGAUUAACUGCAUGCUAGGGUUCCAUUUACAGUUCAUUUGGUGUCUGCUCAAACUUGGGCAGGAUGCAGUUUACUGAUUUCACCUUGCAAAGCUCCUUUAGACCAAAUUCCUGUAAUUCUUAACAGAAUUUUUCAUCAGUCACGUUUUAACCACAAAUGGCAAGUCUUAUGUUGCCUCGAAUAUCCCACUAGGCAGCUUUAUUUAUUAUGUUUUGCGAAGUAAAAUUAUGUGUGUUUGAAUUUAAAGGGCAUUCUGUUUUUAGGAACUUUGAACUUCUCUAUGUCUCUGGAAAGCAACACCAGUUUCUUGCUCUUACCCUGCCUUAUAUUCUCCCAGCUGAAAGUCAGCACUGUUUUAAUAUUAUUAUCUUACCUUAUAUCGUUCACAUAAAUCAAUUGGCAUUUUCCUAAACCUGCACCUUUUUCACAAUUCUAGCACAGACACUGACUAAUAUUUUGUUUUGUUUUAUCAAACUGCACAAAUUGGUGUGGGAGUGACUGAAUAUCACUUUCAAGAACAUACAUGUACUGUAGACUGAAAAAUGUGGUCACAUGUACAGUCUACACUCAUCAAUGUGUAAAAUCCUGCACCUGCAGUGAAUAAUACUGAUCUAGCCCCGAUGUAACCCCUCAACCCAGACUGAUGGAAUGUAUUGUUACAUUUUCACUUUUCAGUGAUGUAUGAGUACUUUUAGGUCGAAAUGCUGCAUCUCUCUCUCUCUCUCUCUCUCUCUCUCCUUUUAGUGUCUUGACAAUGCAUUUCUAAGUGUAUCUAUGUGUUGAAAGGCUUUUAUCAGCCCAUGGGCACCACUGAUCCAUCAAUGACAGUGAUAUACUUUGUCUUAUUGUCUUAACUUUAAUUAAUUAUAUAAUGUACAAGAAACCGUAAACAUGGACCUAUUUCACUGUAUCUUGAAAGAUGCCUGGGAAAACAUCUUCUUAUACAGCCUACAGACAUUUUGUCACAAAAGAUGUUUUUGGGAUAUAUUUGCUCUUUUGAGUAAAAACUGCACAUUUAAUUUUACCAAAUUAAAUACUGUUAAUACUGUGUAUGUAAGUAGAGUUAGUGUUGAUAUUCAGUGAUAGGUUAUGUGCUGCCACAGGGCUGCAGAGCCUGUUAUAGCUACAAUAUUUUUUUCAGAAUCUCUUAUAACCUGAUGUCACAUGUUAAGACUCUCCCUUGAUGUCCCUCAUGAGAUGUUUUGUUGUCUGUUGCCAUGUUGUACUUAUAGCAUCAAUAAAACACUACAAGUUGGGACAUACUAAUAUCUAUUCUAAAGUAUGUCAAAGCACAUUUCACAACAUGUUACAUGUAUAUGCAUGUAUAACCAAUUUGUCUGUCUCUAAUAUUUUGAGUCUUUUGUUGUUGUUGUUGUUGUUGUUUGUUUAAACUAACUGCAAAUAAAUGAGAGAUGAACUGCG